AUGUGGAGGCUAACCACCGGCGAGGGCAGCAGUCCGUGGCUAUGGUCGGCCAACGGGUUCCUAGGCCGGCAGGUGUGGGAGUACGACCACGACGCCGGCACGCCCGAGGAGCGCGCCGAGGUCGAGAGGCUGCGCGAGGACUUCACCAAGCACCGGUUCCAGAGGAAGGAGUCCCAGGACCUUCUCUUGCGCUUGCAGUAUUCAAAACUAAACCCUCUUCCGCUCACUUCUCCAUCAACGAAGCUUGAAAAGAGUACGGAAGUCACGGACGAAAUUUUAUCUGUUUCGUUGAGGCGAGCUCUAGUUCAAUAUUCCAGUCUACAAGCACAUGAUGGGCAUUGGCCUGGUGAAUAUGGUGGAAUUUUGUUCUCUAUGCCGAUUAUUAUAUUUUCUUUACAUGUUACUGGAUCACUUGACACUGUAUUAUCACCGGAACAUCAGCGUGAGAUAUGUCGGUACACUUACAAUCAUCAGAACGAGGACGGAGGAUGGGGAAAGCAGAUCCUUGGACCAAGUACCAUGUUUGGAUCAUGUAUGAAUUAUGCAGCCUUAGUGCUUCUUGGUGAGAAGCAAGGUGGUGAUAAUGAUGCAUUGGCUAAAGGGCGUUCUUGGAUUUUCUCACAUGGAAGUGCAACUGCAAUUCCCCAAUGGGGCAAAGUAUGGCUCUCGAUAAUUGGCGUGUAUGAUUGGUCAGGAAAUAAUCCAAUUAUUCCGGAAUUGUGGUUGGUUCCAAACUUUCUUCCCAUCCACCCAGGUCGAUUUUGGUGUUUCACCCGUUUGGUGUACAUGUCAAUGGCAUAUCUUUAUGGGAAGAAGUUUGUUGGGCCCAUUACUCCAACAAUACAAGCACUACGAGAAGACCUAUAUAACAUACAAUAUGAAAGUAUUAAUUGGGACAAGGCACGCGACUCUUGUGCUAAGGAGGAUCUUCAUUAUCCCCGUUCAAAUGUGCAAAACAUUAUUUUUGGUUUCCUUAACAAAUUUAUAGAGCCAAUAUUGAAUUGUUGGCCCGCCAACAAGCUAAGAGAGGGAGCUUUGAUUAACCUCAUGGAACACAUCCAUUAUGAGGACGAAACAACCAAGUAUCUUUGCAUUUGUCCUAUUAACAAGGCAUUGAAUAUGAUUUGUUGCUGGGUAGAAAACAAAAAUUCAGAAGCCUUCCAAAAACAUCUUCCUAGGAUUUAUGACUAUUUGUGGCUUGCAGAAGACGGCAUGAAGGCUCAGGUAUAUGAUGGAUGCCAUAGCUGGGAAAUAGCUUUCAUAAUCCAAGCAUAUUGCUCAACAGAGAACCUUAUUGGCGACUUUGGCCCAACCCUAAAAAAGGCUCACGAAUUCCUGAAAAAAUCACAGGUUCUUAUCAACCAUCCAAAUUACGAACUUUAUUAUCGCCAUAGAUCGAAAGGUUCGUGGACACUUUCAUCAGUUGACAAUGGUUGGUCAGUGUCUGAUUGCACUGCGGAAGUUGUUAAGGCAUUGCUGCUCUUAUCAAAUAUUUCUUCCGACAUUGUUGGUGAUCCAAUAACACAAGAAAGGUUGUAUGAUUCAAUUGAUUGCAUCCUUUCUUUCAUGAAUAAAGAUGGCACCUUCUCUACAUACGAAUGCAAGAGAACUGUAUCUUGGUUGGAGGUUCUUAACCCUUCCGAGAGCUUCCGAAACAUUGUGAUCGAUUAUCCAUCUGUUGAAUGCACAUCAUCCGUGCUUGAUGCUUUGAUUAUUUUCAAGGAGACGCAUACGCAAUACCGCAAAAGAGAGAUAGAAAUGUGUAUUACAAAUGCAACCAUGUUCAUUGAGAACAACCAACGUAAAGAUGGUGCAUGGUAUGGCUCUUGGGGUAUAUGUUUCACUUAUGGAACCAUGUUUGCGGUAAGAGGACUAGUAGAAGCUGGAAGAACUUAUGGUAAUAGUUAUUCCAUAAGGAAAGCAUGCAACUUUGUGCUAUCAAAGCAGCAAACCACAGGUGGAUGGGGAGAAAGCUAUCUUUCCAGUGAGAAAGAGGACUACAUUGAUAGCGGUUAUCCUAAUGUUGUGAACACUUCGUUUGCAAUGCUUGCUUUGAUUUAUGCUGGGCAGGUUGAACGAGAUCAUGUACCACUAUUUCGCGCGGCAAGACUAUUGAUCAACAUGCAACUAGAAACAGGUGAAUUUCCCCAACAGGAGCAUAUUGGAUGCUUUAACUCAUCAUUCUACUUUAACUAUGCGAACUACCGCAACAUAUACCCCAUCUUGGCGCUUGGAGAGCUUCGUCGUCGACUUGUUGCAAACAAGACUUGA